GGCUUUUUUCUAGAUUUUUUUUGCAGACGAUGUGUUGAUCAAACAAAGCGCUGCGCUGAGUAUUACUCCUCCACUCCGUCCAUACUUCAUAUUGCUGCCUAAUUUUUUACCACAAAUGAACUCGAAUACAGAGAAGAAGACAACGAAGACAGCCAAGGCUGGUGGGUAUCAAGUGCCGUGGAUUGAAAAAUACCGUCCUCGCAAGCUGSAAGACGUUGUAGGAAACGAGGAAACUUUGGUUCGACUCCAGGCGAUCGCGAAAGAUGGAAACCUCCCUAACUUAAUUCUUUGUGGACCACCAGGAACGGGUAAAACCACAAGCGUCCACGCAUUAGCACACGAGUUGCUUGGGGAUUCGUACAAAGAUGGUGUGUUGGAACUGAAUGCAUCCGAUGCUCGUGGUAUCGAUGUUGUACGUAAUCGCAUAAAGUCGUUUGCGAUGAACAAGGUCACUCUUCCCAAGGGCCGACAUAAGAUUAUUAUUCUAGACGAAGCAGACAGUAUGACCACCGCUGCCCAGCAAGCCCUACGAAGAACGAUGGAAAUAUACUCUAACACUACUCGAUUUUGUUUGGCUUGCAAUGUAAGCACCAAAAUCAUUGAAGCAAUCCAAUCCAGAGCUGCUAUUUUGCGCUACAGCCGUUUGUCCCACGAGCAGAUUCUUGCAAAUCUGUUGAAGGUUUGCCAGGCAGAAGAGAUUCCCUAUACAGAAGGUGAGUUCAUUCAGAUAGUUUUAUGUUUGAAACUAUUGUUGACACAUGGAUAAACAACGCGUUCGAAACGAUAGGCAAUCACAUCAUCGAAUGAAUUUCAUAGCAAUAAUAUCAUUUUUCAUGACUACGACGACAAAAGAUAUUUCUGGUCGGUGCAAAMGCUCUUGUGUCACUCAAAUCUUGGAAUUUUCUACUUUUCUCCCCAUUUAGACGGCUUGGAAGCAAUUCUGUUCACAGCCGAAGGAGACAUGCGCCACGCAUUGAACAACUUGCAAGCAGCUAGUUCACUCGCGAAGGGGGCUGGGGAUAUGGUCAAUCAAAAAUCUGUAUUUCAAGUUUGUGAUCAGCCUCAUCCGACAAUUGUGAGGGAUAUCAUUGAUUCAUGUGGGAGGGGAAACCUGCACGAGGCGAUCGAACAACUCGAUGAAUUGUGGAGUUCGGGGUAUGCGGCUAGCGACAUAAUCGGAACUGUUUUCAAGGUCACCAAAGCGCAUGAUAGCCUGCCAGAAGGCGAAAAACUGGAAUUUCUACGAGAGAUUGGCUUUACUCACAUGCGAAUUUCCAAUGGGGUGAACUCAUAUUUACAGCUACUGGGACUGAUUGCGCGCUUGUGCCAUAUGGUAGAGGUGACACAACAAUGAAACUUUAAGCUGAAACACUGAAUGUUGAAUGAAACGCUGAAGCUUUUGAAUGAAUGAAUGCAUUGUGAAUUGAUUCAUAUUGCUCUUUACAUUUUGUAUCCCAUGAAAAAUCUCAAUGCAAUUUUAGUAAGGCACYAUGUCCAUGGAAGUAGCUACUUCACUAAUUUGCUAACAAUACCAAUCUAGUUUUGCUUCAAGAGCUUUGAAAGUGCUUUGGUUUGGAUACAAUAUGUGAUACUUUUGAAAGCUCAAUAACAUUGUGGACGUUUUGAGAAACAACGCAAGGUAUUCCAAUAGAGUAUUCUGAACCAU